AUGGCCGUCUCCGCCGGAAAUUCGUAUCUGCCGCCGGAUGCGUCGCCUUUCGAGCUCAAAACCGAGGCUGAUUUCGACCGAAUCGUCUCCCCCGAUGGACUGAUUUCGGUCUGCGGCUUCGGUUCUCUUCUCUCCGCUAAGCCUGAAACAAAGGAAACAUCAAGCUUGAGCAUGGAACCCUGCGAAGGUGAAACUCUUGUAGUUAACACUUUUGAGAUACAAAGAUCAGAGAUACCCUCUUUCAUUGAGAGGGAGCAUGAGUUCCGGUUUUUAGCUGUGACUCCAGAAACAUUUAAUGGGCUGCUUUACACAACUCCAUCUGUACUAUGUGCACGCUAUAGUGAUGAGGAAUACUUCAUGAACAGAUGUGAAGGCAAUAAAGAUAUAUUCUUUCAACGGUACGGGCGGUAUGGCAUUGACAAGAUUUGGUUGGAUGAUAUCUUACCCUGUCGCGUUUUAUCUUCGCCAUUGGUGGGUACUUUAUGA